AUGGGUGCUCUCAGAAUUCGUAAGCAAGCAAUGUGGUCGGAUUUGCCUGAACAUGUGACGGAGAGAAUACUGGAAUGCCUUCCAGUGGACCGCUUCUUCCGUUUCAGGGCUGUUUGUAAGACCUGGAAUGUUCUCUUCUCAUCCCAACAUUUCAAUUCCAUAGCCAGAAAUAGCCAGCCAUUUCUCAUUCUUUGCCCUGCCAGAACACAACUACCCUCGCUAAUCUAUUCCUUCUUCACCCGCACUUGGCAAAACAUUUCUUUAUCUUUCAUACCUCAUGAUUGCCCUAUCAAUUUCAGAGGAUCUGCUUCUGGGUUGCUCUUGGCAGACAUUAACGCCAAUGUCUGCUUUGGCUUUAACUCUCCAACGCUAUGUGUUUGCAAUCCUCUUACCCAAGUGUACUCGACGUUGCCAAAAAUGAUUUCUGUGAGUAGAAUUAUGGCUAAGGCAAUUGUACCAGCAAGGAAUAAAAUGGACGCAUAUAUAGUCAUGGUGGUGGGAAUGAGCAGCACUGGUACAGUUGUAGUAGAGGCAUAUAAUUCGACUACCAAGGCAUGGAAACUUGCAGGCAGCAUUCCUGAUGUGGUUAUAAGAAACGAAAAUGUUUUCUUCUUCAAGGACUCUUUGAUUGGUGUGACUUCCAGUGGGGGCAUAAUGGCCUACAAUAUUGAACAGGGGAUCACCAGAGUUAUGGCCAUGCCGACAUCAGACGCCAACAAUUUGUGGGUUCGACUUGUUUGUUGUAAAAGUGGAGUGUUUGUGGUUGGGGCAAUCGAAGAUAAUCACUGUUUGAAGGGCGUAAUUAUGUGGGUGUUAGUUUCUCAGAAGACGGUAAAGGAGGAUUAUAAGUGGGAAGAGAUUGGGGAAAUGCCCAGCUCUCUCUGUGAGGAAUUUAGGAGGAGCUCGAAUUCAAAUUGGUUUGAAUGCGUGGGAGUGGGAGAUAAGAUCUGUUUCAGAGCUAAUGAGAGCAUGGAAAUACUUGCGUAUGAUGUGAGAAGAAGCUCUUGGAAUUGGCUGCCCAAGUUUCCUGUAGGUAUGAGAUAUAUGAGCAUGAGAUGCCUUCCACUGGAAAUUAUGGCUGGUACUAAAUUCAUUUAA